AUGAAUGAAGAACAGAUCAUGGAACAGGUCGCCGUAGAGGAAAAGCCAAACGAAAAUGUUAACCAACAAGGGCUCGAUUCAGCCGUUGUUGAAGAGCCGAUUGAAACUGCCGAAAACGACACUGCUGCUCAGCCUGGCGAGGUAGAUGAACAGCAGGAAGACAAUGCUGAGGCGGUGGCCGCAGAAGUGGAGGAGGAGAAGGUCGCAGAACUAGAGGAGGCUGCGGAGGAGCUGGUUGAGGAAAAGAAAGAGAAAACCGCUGAUGAGAACGUGAAGGAGGCUGAUGAAGUUGCUAAGGACAUUCCUGUACUAGCAACGUCUAUGGAUUCUACAGAGCGCGUUGCUUCUCCUGCAGAAGAAGCUGAGACCGGAGACGCAGGAACGAUUUCUACAGAAAAGUCUGUACCUCCUCAAGUGGAGGAGGUGGAAGCAGCAAUCGAUGCCGAUCAUUCUGCUGAGCAUGCUCCUGUAACGGAAGAGCCUGCUCCAGCAGAACCUGUGGAAGAUCAGCAGCCACUACAACAAGCAGCCGUCGACAGCGAAGCUGAUGUCGCCGAAAACGAGCAACAGAAGCCGGAGAAAGGAGCUGCAGCCGUCGCUGCGGCAGCGGACGAAGGAGCAGCUGAGGAUACUGCCGUUCCAGAGAAGGUGGAGGAUGAGGCCGCUCCAGAGAAGGUGGAGGAUGAAGCUGCCAAAGGGGUGGAUGCAUAGACGGAUCAAUCAAUCAAGUCAAAACAUCACAGUUUUCUAUCUCUCUCUCUCAGAGAUCAUCGCUUCCAUGUUCACGUCCCUCUCGAUUAUGUGUGCAGCACUUGACUUCGUUUGGUGCGGCGUUCGAGAACAUAAUGGAGUUCUAUAUUUUUCUUUGUUACAAAUCGAAUAGCAUCAGCUGCCGUGUAUUCUUGACCUUGGUCAAAAGAUCAUUAACUUGUAUACUGAUUUUGCAGAUAGGGGGUCUUUUACUUCCAUUUUCAUUCAAACUGUCGAAUGCACUCGAUUCAAGUAGACAGAGAGAACCACCUAAUUGCAGGGAUUCAUUUUUGUCUACCUUAUCCUUGUACAUCAUUUUUCUUAGGGCAUAGUAUACUUAACAUGGAAGUAAUAUUCUCGGUAAUCAAAAAUCGCCUCAUAGUUCACACGUACACGCAUCGGAAGAAGAAGAAGAAGAAGGCGGAAGAAGAAGAAGAAGAAAAACAUAUUUUUAUGCAUCGCAUUGUUUUCUUGAAAGCAUAGCCAUACAAAUAAGUGAGAGAUGAGGAAAUGAGGCACUUCUCUGUAACCUAAUACGGACGGAACUACACUCUAUAGUAUACAAAGAAGAACAACAACAAACUUCAAAUUACGGAACACCGGUCGUGAUACAAAAAGUUUAAUCUUCACUCUCGUUUCCACUUAUUACAGACAUAAGCGCGCGUAGUGACGUGAUCGUCGCGUACACGCGUUUGUGCGGUCGUUGCGUAAAGGAUCGUACUACCUAGAACCACAAAACAGAGACAAUGCGGCCAGAUGAAAUCAAGAUAGAAGGCCAUCACAACACGCAAUAUUUACAUUACGCAUGAUUUAAUAUUUGCAUAGAAAACACAUCUUCAAUGCUAGAUGAUUGAUGAGUUUGGGACAUCAAAUACACCACAGAGGACAUUUAAGACGUGGUGCAAUGAAUGCGCAGCAGUUGUAUACUCUUUCCUUGAUGCAGCGAGACAGAUCAAGAGUGUCUUUCUCUAUCUCCGCACUUGUGAUAUUGUUGCCUUGCAUUUGGUGACGGUCAACCGAGAGCAAGACAGACGGACAAACAUUUGAGGGAGCCCUUUCGAG